AUGAUUGACAAUGAAAGCCAAUCUGAAAUAUUCAAACUGCCAUCUGUUGAAGAACUGGAAUCCAUUAGAAAUGCAAUCCUAGAAACAAGGAAGCUAGCAAAGACCUCAAAUACAAUGAGUCUUGCGCAAAUCAUUCAAAAUCACAGAAUGAUUACAACCAAAAUGUUCCAGAUCAAUUUGGAUUGUUUAAUUUACAAUGCUGCCAUUAUAGAGGAUAUAAGAGAAUGUCAAAAGAUGACUCUUGAUGUUAUUACGAAAAAUCAAAAACAUGAUGAGAUCAAUUUAGAAAAAACUCAAGAAAUCGGCGCAAAGCCGAGACUUACUGAUAUUUCUCCCAUGCAUGGCUUCACACCAAUGGAUGACGAUGAUUUUCAACCAUUAACAAAAAUCAAAUCGAGAUUUCAAAAACAAGCUUCAUUUUUCUCUCCUGAAAAGAAUAACUCCUCAACACCUUUCUUUAAGCAUUAA